CCACUCCACCAGUUGGAGUAGGAAGAAGAACAAAACGCCAUCGCGGUUCACAUACACUUUUACACACGGCAGCACACGGAACACGCACACACGUUGCUUGUGCGCCUCCUCCGCCGGAUCACGAGCCAACCGCACCGAGGUCGGCGGGGUAAGAGCGCGCGACGAUGGCCGGCCGGAGCAGCAGCCGUUCCAUGGUGUCCGCGCACCGGCUCUUCGCGCCGGCGCCCGCGCGCACCCUGCAGCACGCGGCCGACCCGGCCCUGGAGCUCGACGAGGCCGACAUCAUCUGGGGCGGCGCGGCGCUGGCGUCGUCCCCGCCGGCCGACGCGUACGGGCGGGCCCUGUCCGCGUCCACUCCCUCCAGGGCCUCCAAGCCGCGCGCCGCGGCGCCGCGGGAUGCCGCCGGUGGCGGUGGCGGCGUCGGGGGCCCGGCGUCGCUGCCCGUCAACAUCCCCGACUGGUCCAAGAUCCUGGGGCCGGAGUACGGCGGGGGCAGCGCCGGCGCGGGGCGGUGGCCGUCGGACGAUCGCGGGGACGCGUACCUGGACCGCGGCGACCGGCAGUGGGUGCCGCCGCACGAGCAGCUCAUGUACCGGGAGCGCGCCGCGGCGUCCUUCUCGGUGCGCGAGGGCGCCGGGCGCACGCUCAAGGGCCGCGACCUCCGCCGCGUCCGCAACGCCAUCUGGGAGAAGACCGGCUUCCAGGACUGAUCCUGAUCCGGCCCACCCACGGCGAUCGAUCGUCCGUCCCCUUACGAUUAAUUUGAUGAGUUUUUUUCUUUUCUUCUACGAGUAGUUUGUGAUCGGUGAUGAGAAUGAGAUGAGAUGCAGGGAGAGUAGUAGAGAUUGGUUAAGCCUCUGGUUUUGGCAGUUUUCCCCGGAGAGGCUGGCUGGCUCGAUGUACUACCGCUUAAUCGAUUGCUCCUUAACAAAGAUGAUGAGUACGAGUUGUACCAGCAA